AUGUCGGGACGCAGGCCGUCUGAUGAGUUCCGCGAUGAGUAUGCUAACUUCUGGACCCUCAUGCAGCAGAUCAUCCAUGGUCUUAGGAAAAGUUAUCCCGCAAACCAAGACGAGAUCAUAGGCCAGAUGGGUCAGCUCAAUCUCCAGCUCUCAACCCUUCGACGAGCCGGAGAGUCGAUGGGUUUGAGUUAUCCACCCAGCUCCAUUGUCCGCGAUGCUCCACCUCAGUACUUCACUGCCCGCGCUCAACGCCAUCAUAAUUACUUCGGUACUGAGUUUGGGUACUCCUGCUGGUACACCCAAGCCCAACUGGGCUACGCCAUUGCAGACCUUCUCCACCGGCGAGACUACACCCGCGUAGCGGACCAGCUGGAACAGUUAUUAGCGAUCUGGCAAUUAACUGAGAUGAGAGUCUUCCCCCGCCAGCUUCUUACAUACGAUCCUGUCCAGCAGCCCGCCAGUAUCGUGCAUAUUGACGGUCCGCCAUACUAUACACCAGGCGGUGCUGGUCCACACACCAAGGCAACCAAGAUUGCUGGGUCAUCCCGCACUCACCCACGUGUGAAUAUCACUCUGCCCGCUCCAACCGAUAUGAUUUACGGCGUGGCACGGCGAACACGCCAUCGCGCUGCACCAUACCCUGAACGCGGUGUUCACCCGAGGCGUCGUGGCAGUGUUAGACUAACCCCGCCGAUGCCUCAGAUGGCACUUCCACUACCUGAUAUCAUGCAGAACGGUCAUGUUGCGCCGCCAUCUCUUCCAGGUGUUCAAUCCCUUUUCAACCCACUCAUCCUUCCCAGUGGACGUGCUCUGCCCGGCGCACCGAGCACCUCUGUGCCACCCCCACGUGAUAUGCAGUUUCCAUCCAGUGUCCCAGUCCCUAGCACUAGCGAUCUUGUGUCGGGUUUGAAUGCCAAUGUCGGGGAGACUUUGAAUAGAGACCAGUCACGUCAGGACUCCGAUGUUCGACGUUGA